AGUCAGCUUGUCCUCACAGUGCAGUUCAACCUCAGAGCCGCGUACUGCAAUCUCAGGCACGUGGCAUGACGGAGCAUGAAGAGGAACUGAUCAUGGGAUACAAAGCCUCUUAAAAUUAGCUCAGUGAUUCCAUGGGUGAAACACGAGAGAUACUGCAGCUUUAUAAACUCAGCAAUGCCCAGAUGUUGGCAACAGAAGAGAAGACCAACCAUUUUAACUGGACUGUGGGAGCUGACAGAAACAACUAAAAAUUUUUGCAGCGUGUCCUUGAGUGAAGGUGAUACCUGAAGUGGACUCUAUAAUGGAAACGGGUGGAAGACAAACCUGUGCAAGUGUGCAAAAGAACAGACGCUUUAAGCACACAGAUCACAUCAAACCUCAGUCAAACAUCACACAAGAGAAGGAUUCUGAUAUCAAAGUAAUGGCUGGAGAGAUACUUGAGACACACGAAUCCUGGGAGCCAAGCAUCCGCUACUCACUGCGAAUAGAAAGGUUUUGCUUUGUUGGCCACAAGAUCAGCAUCCGUGAAUCGUUUGACUCAUACGGUGCCCUCAUCUGGCCUGGGGCAGUGGCUCUCUCCAGCUACCUGGAAGCAAAUCAUAAGCAUGUCAGUCUGCUAGAUAAGGCAGUGCUGGAGCUAGGAGCAGGAACGGGACUGGUGUCCAUUGUGGCAUGUUUAAUGGGUGCAUGGGUGACAGCCACAGAUCUGCCCGACAUUGUGGAAAACCUGAGCUUCAAUCUCUCACACAACACAAGGGGGCGCUGCAGUUACACACCUCAGGUGGCCCAGCUGACCUGGGGGAAAGACCUGGACCUUAAUUUUCCCAGUACUAUCUAUAACUAUGACUACAUACUAUGUGCAGAUGUUGUCUAUCCUCACAACUGUCUGGAUGAGCUGCUACUCACCAUGAAACACUUCUGCAAACGGGGAACAACGCUGCUCUGGGCCAACAAGAUUCGCUUCUCUUCAGACCUGGAUUUUAUUGAUCGUUUCAAGAAGGCUUUCGAUACCACACUGCUAGUGGAGCUUCCAGAUGAGAUGGUGCGAAUCUACCAGGCCACAGUACAAGAUUGACUAUAGGAGGGCACGGAGCCAAAUACAGCAACUGAAAUACAAAAACUAGAUUAAAAGGAAAAGCUUUCUUUUACACUUGCAAUUUUAAAAUGUGAAAGUUGAAAAUUAACUGAGAAUCUGUGGCAAGAUAUUCUUGAAAUCAAACAUUCUAUAUCUCAAUUCUAUUACUAAAAGAUUCUAGGGUGGCACCAUAUGAUUAACUGUGAGCUUUUACAUGUAACAUUGUAAUUAUUAAUGAAAAAUUAAUACUUCUGUGCAUAAGACAGUUUGAAAUUAAACAAAAUGUUCUGUAUUCUUAAUAAAAAAACAUAAAAAAAAUAAAAUGCAUUGUUGAUAAAUAUUAAU